UUCUGAGAGGACGAAGUGACAAACUAAUAAAGUUGUAAACUUCUAGAAGUUAUCAUUGCAGUUGACAGUCCGUGGUCCGUGCAUGCUGAAUUUCACUCGUUCCAUGAAUUUUAUACUUGUGUUUUCGUUUCCACACCCACAUCAGUAGUGUCUCCUCACUUUUUUGUUCCUAGCUUGAAAAUGCUAACUUUCAAAGUCGCUUCGUCAUGAAGUUAGUGGAAUACAUAAUGAAGAGCAUCGACUGAAUUAUAAUGAAUUCGAUUCUGUGCUUUUUCUUUACCCUCAAUCGAUCACAUUCAUUAAUUAUUUUGUCAUCAAAGGAACCAUUUAUUCCAAAUGGCUGAGAAUGAUGUUUUUCAUAUCGCCUCACCUACCUCAUCGUCUCUAAGUCCAAUUUAUGACUACGUCACGGAAUCCCCUGUUUUGAAAGCCUUUCUGGCAGGAUCUCUAUCGGGGACAUGCUCAGCCAUUUUGUUCCAACCUUUGGAGCUGGUGAAGACACGUCUCCAGGCCGACACUGACUUAAAAACAUCAAGUCCAAAAACCAAAGCUAGUAUUUCAAGUAUGAUCCAAAUGGUCAGUCAAAUAGUGCGAAAUGAGAAUCUGUUCACAUUGUGGAGAGGCCUGUCGCCGUCAAUCGUCCGCUGUGUUCCAGGCGUCGGGCUUUACUUCUCUUCAAUGCACUAUAUGGUGACAAAGUAUGCAGAUGGACAUCCUUCUCCUGUGGAAGCAAUGUUGAUUGGUGUAUCUGCCCGAACGCUCAGUGCAGCUGUCCUGAUACCAUUGACUGUCAUUAAAACUAGGUUUGAGAGUGGAGAGUAUGAGUACAAGGGGUUAAAACAUGGUUUAAGAAUGAUUUACCACAAAGAAGGUAUCAGAGGACUUAGUUGCGGACUAUUGCCAACUAUUGUUAGGGAUGCUCCGUUCUCCGGUCUCUAUUUGAUGUUUUACUCUCAGAUCAAAUCACACAUCAACUCUAAUUGUAAGAAUGAAUUAAACCAGAUUCCAGUACCUUUUAUUUCGGGUGUGUUUGCCGGAAUCCUAGCAUCGAUAAUCACCCAGCCUGCUGAUGUUCUGAAAACCAAAAUGCAACUUUAUCCUGAAAAGUUUCAUAAUGUCUUGGAUGUUAUGCUCUAUGUUAAGAAGACUUAUGGUUUGAAAGGAUUCAUGAAAGGCCUUGUACCUAGAAUGCUCCGAAGGACAUUAAUGGCAUCAAUGGCAUGGACUGUGUAUGAGCACAUUACAGUUUCCAUUGGUCUAAAGUGACAUGUUAAUAUUGGACUCCACCGUUUAUUUUGUACGACCGGGUAUGUAUUGAUAUCAUAAAAAAGUUUCAAACGAUGGAAGUCAGUUUUGCAUAUUCAAUCAAAAGUAUGUAUUUGUGAAGUAAUUAGAACAUUGCAGAUUCAUUGCGAUGGGAUAAUAUCGUGAUUGUGAAAUCUAUGUGGUUUUUAUUAAGAACUUUCCUCACAAUCAUGUGCCACUCUGCAAAGAAAAGGCAAGAAGUUUAGCUAAAUUGGCACAGCCACCGAAUAGAUAUUACAUGUUAGUCUCAAAAGUUUAGUUAAAGAAGUUACCUGAGAUAUUUGCCCUGAAAAUUUAGGCAAUUAACAGUUCAAGAAUCUGAUAAGAUUUGACAAAUGUAAGCAAUCAAGAAACUUGCAUUGUAUGAAUGUCAUCUUCUCCAAAUAUUUUCAAAAUUUUAGGGAAGAUUUAACUCAACUCUUUCUCCGAGCACAAUCAAAUGUUCUAUUCUGUAUUCCAAUGGCCUUUUUUGUUAGGCACAGCAGGAUCUUUGAGGCUCUAGUCGUAUUCAGAAACUAGCUGCUAAUCAGUAUUUUAAUCCUCCUCUUAUAUUUAAUUAUUUAUUUUUAUUUUUACUGUGCACACUCAAAUCUUGUGAUUUAGAACUAGUAUUGUUGUAUUGUUUUAUUGCACCUAUUUUUAUUUACAAAAUAAAAAUAUUUUGUUGUUAAGAAGGAAACAGAUGAA